AUGGAUUCACAAAACGCAAACAAGGCUUCUGCUAAAAUUGAUCAAGCCACUGGCGAUGUUAAAGAAACUGUCGGCGCUGCUACCAACAACGACAAGAUGCAGGCCGAAGGCAAGGCUGAACGCGGUCAAGGUCAAGUCGACGAAAUGACAGCUAACGUCGAAAGCUUUGUCAAAGGCAUCAAGGAUAAGACAGAAGGCGCAUGGAAAGGCCUUGUCAACAGUAUCACUGGUAAAUAA